AUGACGACUGAGGAAGACAGCGGCGGAUUCGAUGCUGAAGAUCCAUCAUACCGUGCAUGCUACGUCUUCCGUCCUGCAGCUGCGGAGGGCAACAUCAGCGAUAACCGACCUCGAAAGAAGCGGAAGAUCGAUAAUAGCGAUGCGCCAACUUCGGGAGAGCACUGGCCCAGACUUUGCAACGGCGAGGAAUCUCAGGCUCUCGUUGACGUACGACAAGCAUCAUUCAACAACAUUUGGACCAAGCUGGAGCCGAAGCUGGAAGAGAUAGCCGACGAAGUGGAUGAGACAUCGCUGAAGCGGCUUGACGAGUAUAUCGAGCGUCCAGUCAUCAGGCACGACAAGCUGCACAGCGCCAUCGUUGUCGGCGGGACUGAUGCAAACGCCUUGCGAGGCUUCCUCGGCCGGCGAAAAGAGACGAGACCUCAUACUAUACACUGUGAACUGCAAGCUACACAAGCUUCGAACUUGCAAAUCGCUCUUAAGAGCGUGAUCAAGGAUGCAAUCGUCUCACACGGUGGACAAAAAGCCUACAUCGCGCAUCUGGCCAAGCACAAAAGAGCGAUUCCCAUGCUGUUCGACCUAGAACUGCUCCAGAUAUACAUGGAAGAGCAUGGCUUACAUAAUGUCGUGCUUGGGAUCACAAAUGCCGAGAUGUUUGAUCUGAAUGUGCUGUCCGAACUUAUCUCACAGCUCGAGUCGUGGAGGGAUAGACUUUCGUUCUCAAUCGUCCUGAGUCUCGUUACCACUGUCAGCUUGUUCGAAAGCCGCAUGUCCCGAUCGGUUAUGAGACUACUUGAUACUGAAGUCUUCUCGUUGGCUUCAAGCAGGGAUAAGUUCUUCGAUAUUUUCUCGGCAGCACAGCUCGCGCGACAUGGCGAGGAACCUGAGUACUUGCAGCCGCUGUUCGCGCCCAGUGUGACAAGAAAUCUGUUCGAGAUGGCGCAAGACCAGUCUGUCUCUACACACGCUUUCAUUCAGGCCAUCAAGUACUGUUUUGCGAGCCACUACUUUGCCAAUUCAAUUACAGCCGCUUUGUCAGACGUCAGCCACAUAGAUGAUGCGCACAGCCUCUGUGAAGGUAUCCGAAACACAAGAUCUUUCCAAGAGCACUGCACGAACCUCCUUGACAAAGGCGGCCAGUCCACGCCUGUACAUCAAUUACUGAGCUCGGACUCGGAGCUGAUUGCAUACACUUCAGCAAGGCUCAUAGAAGCACGCUCGGCUUAUAUGGAGGAAGCACGGUUGCUACAGGUCAUCGCCGUGGUUUGCCACCAUCUUGACAUGUCCCGAAGCCUGUCCAAACAUUAUUAUCAGGUCAUUGCGGAGUACCGGAAAGAUGAUCUCGAGGCAUCGACAAUUCACGAGCUCGUUUCAACAAAGCUGCCAAUGCUGUCCGAAGCGUCGAUGCAAACACUGCUGCACAGUAUCACUCCCUUGGCAUCAGACUUGCAAGACGUCAAUCUACGAAACUUGGGUAGCACGCAGCUGCUGCCAAUGCACCUUCUCUCCACGUUGAGGACUGCCAUGAAAUCACUGAAGCCAGCUACAAGCCGCUACCUGUCGGAAGCACUUCUUAUCACGAGGACGCAACUCUCGAGCAACUUUCUUGCUCGACCGCGAUCCACAAUCUUUCGGGCCCUGGCGGCGCCAAUUGACUAUCUUGGUUGCGAGUGCUGCACGUCUUCGUCAAGCAAUAAAGGGAAAGAGGGAGUUUCGAUUCUGUAUCAGCUACUCGAGGAAGCUGGACGUGAAGUGAAUGUGAUGGACCUGUGGAGUACGUUUCACGACAACUUUUUAUCGUCCACCAUUGAGCAGGACCCGGUCGCUUCCUUGAGCAAAUCGACCUCAAGUCGUGGAGCCAAAAGCAAGCCUCAAGUGGUUUCUCAGACAAAUGGAACGAACACACCUGCGAAGUUGAAAGGCAGAGCCAAGAACGCCACAUCAGAUGCCAGUAGCAACGCGGACACAGAUGAAGGCCAAGCGCAGGAACGCGCAUCUCUCGCGCACUUCUAUAUAGCCUUAGCUACGCUGAAGUAUCUGGGCCUGGUCAAGUCUACUAGCGACCGACGAUUGAACAAAGGCGUUGAGGUGCUCAGCAAAGUUGCCUGGCAAGGGCUAUGA